GCAACAAUGGCUGGACAAAAACAACAAAAAGACAUCGGAUUAAAAAUAUUAACAUUAAAUUGCUGGGGUGUUCCAGUACCUGUUGUUUGUAAGCACCGUAAUGAGCGCAUGCCAGCUAUUGGUGAUGCUGUGGCCAAAUCAGACUUGGACGUAGCUGUUUUCCAGGAGAUAUGGCAUAAAGGUGACUUUGAUAUUUUAAAGCAGAGGAUAUCCAAAACUUUACCAUAUUCCCAUUAUUUUUACAGUGGUAGUAUCGGCAGCGGUCUGUGUGUGUUCUCCAAGUGGCCAAUUGGACAGACACUGUACCACCGGUUUGACCCGAACGGUUAUGCCCACAAGGUUCAGCAUGGGGACUGGUUUGGUGGGAAGGGUGUCGGGCUUGCUGUAAUAACAGUUGGCGGGGUUACACUCAAUGUGUAUAUUACACAUAUUCAUGCCGAGUACAACCGGGAGAAUGAUGAGUACCUUGCCCACCGUAUUGCCCAGGCAUUUUCCCUGUCUCAGUUUGUGAAGCUAACCAGCCUGGGGGCAGACCUAAGCCUCGUCUGUGGUGACCUUAAUCUUGAGCCCGUUGACCUCGGUUACCGUCUCAUACUGACCAAUGCUGGGCUCGGUGAUUGCUGGCUGGACAAGAUGACUAGCGACACAUCAGAUAAAGCUGGCCUGACCUGUGACUGUCCUGGCAAUUCCUACUGUCCUAGUAAAUCAGCAGGGAAGAGAAUUGACUACAUACUGUACAAGGCAGGCAAUGGUGUUGAGGCGACUGUGUCCAAGUGUGAUGUGACAAUGGGCCGGGUGCCGGGGAAAGCAUUCAGUUACUCUGACCAUGAGGGUGUCCAGGCUGAAAUCACGGUCAAGAACUCACAGAACAGUAUAGGACCUACCCCUGACCCUAAGACGGAGGUGACCCCGCUGUUAGAGGAGUCUUUGGGGAUACUAGAUGAGGGGUUGACAGUAACCAGGUCGGGCACACGCUUCUUUACAAUCUUUGCUGUGCUGUGCCUCCUCCUGGCAUACAUCAUCACGGUUGUUCACAUUCCGUACCCUCUCGACUUUUUUGUUGGAGUGUUCAGGGUGGCUCUGAUCCUCGCCACUGGUUACGGGGUCGUCCAGACACUCGUCAUGAUCCGCUCCGAGGUGCACGGCCUGGAGGCCGCCAGGGAGGAUGUUAAAAACCUUCUUCAACAUCUCAAGUCAUAAAACUAGAAGGCUUAUCACCCCCAUCAUUUUAUGGGAUAUAUUUUGUGAUCAAUAUAACUAACCACCUGCUUUUGAAUUUGUAUUUAAUGUGUUGUCAUAUCUGUGUUAGUAUGCUUGAAGGCAAUAACUCGCGUCAGUCUUAUACUUGUUUAUAUGAAUGACAAUCUUAUUUGCACUACUCUUUAUGUGUUCUAUGCUUACUGAACAGGUAACACUUGUAUGAAGUAUGAAUGUGUUCAACUUUUUUCCACUACUCUUUAUGUGUUCUUUGCUAACUGAACAGGUAACACUUGUAUGAAGUAUGAAUGUGUUCAACUUUUUUCCACUACUCUUUAUAUGUUCUAUGCUAACUGAACAGCUAACACUUGUAUGAAGUAUGAAUGUGUUCAACUUUUUUCCACUACUCUUUAUGUGUUCUUUGCUAACUGAACAGGUAACACUUGUAUGAAGUAUGAAUGUGUUCAACUUUUUUCCACUACUCUUUAUAUGUUCUAUGCUAACUGAACAGCUAACACUUGUAUGAAGUAUGAAUGACAACUUUUUUCCACUACUCUUUAUGUGUUCUUUGCUAACUGAACAGGUAACACUUGUAUGAAGUAUGAAUGUGUUCAACUUUUUUCCACUACUCUUUAUGUGUUCUUUGCUAACUGAACAGGUAACACUUGUAUGAAGUAUGAAUGUGUUCAUGUUUUUCCGCUACGAGUGAUAGUAAUCUUUUAUUUAUUUAUAAAGUCUACAAAUUGACAUUUUCUAGAUGAGUCUUUACCCCUGCAUAUAUUUUGUCAGUUAUAGUUGUCUUUAGAAUGAGCCUAAAUGCAAUUGAAUGACUAAUAAUUUUUCUAGUAAAUGCAAGGGGAAAUGGUUUCAAUGUUCAUGUAAGACUAGGUUAGUCUGAGCAAAUAAUAUGUGAUUAAGAUAUCUUAAACUUAAGAUCUUGAUCUUACUACAUUUGGUCUUACACUGUUAAUACGACACAGACCCAGAGAGAUUUUCAUAAUAAUAUAGGUAUCAUCCUUGAUUCUAGACUGAUUUUCAACUGACUGUAAAUAUAUAUAUUUUUAAUGCAUAUUUAUGUUCAACUCUUUUGACUUUAAAACCCCACAUGAGUUGUGUUCAGAUAAUUAAAUAUAAGCCUUUAUUAAUGGGGUUUUCAGUACACAAACUAUAUGCAUUUUUUGUUUUUAUCAUUUAAGUCAACACAUUAAUGCAUUCAUUUAAAAAAAGUUUGUAUCAACAUAUAGUGUGCUUUAUUAAGAUUUGAAUACAACCUGGUUUUAUUAACCUUACAAACAGUGGCAGGAUGUUCACUAAAUCAUGUAUGUCAUUGUGUGCAAUGAAAAAAUAAAUAUAAUUUAUGCCUCAGUUUUAAGUCAUAAACGUCAAAGUGGAAACCUCUUUGUAAUAUGUCAGUUCAUGAAUGUGUCAAUGUCGUCCUGACAAGAUGUUUAUAACGGGGCAGAUUUGAAUUUUGAAAUGUGAACUGGUGUAAUUGUUGUAACUCUCUGUGAUAUUUCAUUCCAUGUGUGUACAAUAUGGUCUUUGUGCUGUGUUUUUGUGGAAUUUUACAAAAAACAACUUAUUUUCUGUGAAGAUGAUUUGUAAGAAAGGGUCCAAAUACAGAUUUAAGCAUUUAUUUAAACUAACUGAUUAUAUUUUAGUUUUGCGCUGAAAAAAGAUGUGUUACAACAUAUACAUUUUUGAAACAUGGUUUGUCCAAAUGUGAUAUUUAACAAUGUGAUUUAUCUUUUAUAUGGAAUUGAAGCUUUGUAUCUUAGUUUAGUUAGGUAUUAUUAUAGAAGUAUUGUAUUUUGCUUAGUAUCUGUGAAAUAAAAAGCUUGACACUUGA